UCUCUCUCUCUCUGUCUCUCCCUCUCGUUUAUUUAUUUAUAUAAACGAUGAACUUGUAGCAGCUUCGAGCGCGUAAAAUUAACACGCAAAGCACCAAAGACUAAAACCGCGUUUAAAAAAAACUUCGUACGUCCCCUGCCUUCCUCUGCACCCAAUCCAACCAGCUCCACAGCCACCGCUAAAUCUCCUCUUUCACUCCUCUGUGACACCAGCAGGUCGAUUGGAAGGAAUAGAAGCGUUAGAGAAAUGCAGGAGAUUAGUUCGAGCUCGGUUCUUUCCGUACAUCAAUCUUUCAAUUCUUGCUCCUCUACCCAAUUAGCGGAAAUCGCCGGUAAGUUUGAGGAGGAUUUUAGCUUGAAAUUGAAACUAAAUGAAGCCACGGUAAAUGAAUUAGAGAACGGCAAGGAUGAGAAACCGCUGCCUGAGGAAGAAAGAGAGGUUGAAGUGGUAGAGGAGGAGGAGGAGGAGUUUAGUUUUGUUUGCUUGAAUCCCAAUGGAUCGCCGAUAUCUGCCGACGAAAUAUUCCAAAACGGUCAGAUCCGACCCGUUUUUCCUUUGUUUAAUAGAGAUAUCCUAUUCGCCGACGGUGAUUCGGAGUCUAAAAACUCCUCCACGAUAGUUCUCCGGCCUCCGUUGAGAAAUUUGUUCGUGGAAGAGCGCGACCACGGCUUGUCAACUUCGUCUUCGGAAGCGGAGGAACCGGAGGGACCGUUCUGCGUUUGGGAAAGAAAAGCCGUGGAGGCGUCGCCUAAUGUCUGCAAAAAGAGCAACUCCACUGGAUUUUCAAAGCUAAGGAGGUUUCGAGAAUUGGUACUCCGAAGCAACAGCGACGGGAAGGAUGCCUUCGUCUUCUUAAAUCAUCACAACCAUAACGAUCAUCCUCCAACGCUAACAGCAGCAACAGCAAGUACAAAACCAAAAAAGGCAGAGAAAAGCGAAAAAGCCAUGGAGAAAAAGCGAAAGCCAGUGGCGAAGAAGGAUGAAAAAGCUUCGUCGGCGCACGAGAGACUCUACGUGAGCAAUAGAGCGAUGAAAGAGGAGGGCAAACGAAAAUCGUAUUUGCCGUAUCGGGUCGGGUUCUUCACAAAUGUGAACGGGUUGAGCAGGAACUUACAUCCCUAUUAAGUUCGUACAAUGGGGCUACAGUCAACGUUCUGUUUUUCAUUUUUGAGAGUUAAUUUAUUAUUAUUUUUUUUUAAAUGUAAACUGUAAAUUAGAUUGGAUAUUAAAAAUCACGAUCUGAAGAGGUUUAGUGAUAACUGGACUCCUUUCUUUGACUCCAUUUUUAGGUUGUUUUCUCGUUCAGAACCUUAUUGAAGGUCUGUUUAUAGCCA